AUCCGCCCAUCUAUCUGUUGCCAUUCCUCCCUUCAGAGUUCAAAGCGCGCGCCGGCAGCAGACAGCCUCCGCCUCCACAUCAAGGCAGCAGCUAGCUAGCUCCCAUGUCGUGUGCAGCCGCAUUCUCGCUCCUCGUCACGCUCGCCGCCUCCGUUACGCCGGCGGCGUCCCAAGCCUCCGGCGACGCGGCGGUCCUGCGCGCCUUCCUCACUUCCCUGCCGCCAGCCUCCCAGCGCGUCCUCCUCCCGUCGUGGAACGCCACCACCAACAACAGCAGCGGCGACACCGGGUCGAGCCACUGCGCGUUCCUCGGCGUCAAUUGCACCGCCACGGGCGCGGUCGCCGCGCUGAACCUCUCCCGGGCGGGGCUGUCCGGCGAGCUCGCGGCGUCCGCCCCUGGGCUCUGCGCUCUGCCGGCGCUCGUGACGCUCGACCUGAGCCUGAACAGCUUCACGGGCGCCAUCCCCGCUACGCUCGCCGCGUGCACCGCGCUAGCCACGCUCGAACUCAGAAACAACUCCCUCUCGGGUGCCAUCCCGCCCGAGGUCGCCGCGCUUCCGGCGCUCACCUACCUGAGCCUCAGCGGGAACGGCCUCUCCGGGCCAGUCCCAGAGUUCCCGGUGCAUUGCGGGCUCCAGUACCUGAGCCUCUACGGCAACCAGAUCACCGGCGAGCUCCCCCGCAGCCUCGGCAAUUGCGGCAACCUCACCGUCCUGUUCCUAUCCUCCAACAAGAUCGGAGGCACCCUGCCCGACAUCUUCGGCUCCCUGACCAAGCUGCAGAAGGUGUUCCUCGACAGCAACUUGUUCACCGGAGAGCUGCCGGAGAGCAUCGGUGAGCUCGGGAAUCUGGAGAAGUUUGUGGCCUCGACGAAUGACUUCAAUGGCUCCAUCCCUGAGUCCAUCGGGAAGUGUGGGUCUCUGACAACGCUAUUCCUGCACAACAACCAGUUCACCGGCACAAUUCCGGGGGUCAUCGGCAACCUCAGCAGACUGCAGUGGCUCACGAUCAAGGACACGUUCGUCACCGGCGCAAUUCCACCGGAGAUAGGGAAAUGCCAGGAGCUGCUCAUCCUUGACCUGCAGAACAACAACCUUACAGGGACGAUACCGCCGGAGCUCGCCGAGCUCAAGAAGCUGUGGUCCCUGUCCCUGUUCCGCAACAUGCUCCGUGGACCUGUGCCUGCAGCGCUGUGGCAGAUGCCGCAGCUGAAGAAGCUAGCGCUCUACAACAACAGCCUAAGUGGAGAGAUCCCUGCAGAGAUAAACCACAUGAGCAGCCUGAGAGAUCUCCUCCUGGCAUUCAACAAUUUCACCGGCGAGCUCCCACAAGACCUGGGGCUGAACACGACGCAUGGACUUGUUUGGGUUGACGUCAUGGGGAACCACUUCCAUGGCACAAUCCCACCUGGUCUCUGCACCGGAGGUCAGCUCGCCAUUCUUGAUCUUGCACUGAACAGAUUCAGUGGGAGCAUUCCAAAUGAGAUCAUCAAGUGCCAGUCUCUGUGGAGAGCCCGUCUGGGAAACAACAUGUUCAACGGGAGCUUACCUUCAGAUUUGGGGAUAAACACUGGGUGGUCAUACGUGGAAUUGUGCGGCAAUCAGUUUGAGGGCAGGAUACCAAGUGUGCUCGGUUCAUGGCGUAACCUCACAAUGCUUGAUCUGUCCAGGAACAGUUUCUCUGGUCCUAUACCACCAGAGCUCGGCGCUCUAACCCUUCUUGGCAACCUGAACCUGUCGUCGAACAAGCUGUCUGGACCAAUACCACAUGAGUUGGCAAGCUUCAAGAGACUUGUCCGUCUGGAUCUUCAGAAUAAUCUUCUCAAUGGAAGCAUACCUGCAGAGAUCAUAUCACUCAGCAGCCUGCAGCAUCUUCUACUCAGUGGAAACAAGCUCAGUGGAGAGAUUCCAGACGCCUUCACCUCAACACAGGGCCUCCUUGAGCUGCAGCUCGGCAGCAACUCUUUGGAAGGAGCUAUCCCUUGGAGCUUAGGCAAGCUCCAGUUCAUCUCUCAGAUCAUAAACAUCAGCAGCAACAUGCUGAGCGGCACGAUCCCAAGCAGCCUUGGCAAUCUUCAGGUGUUGGAAAUGCUUGACCUGUCAAGGAACUCCUUAUCUGGCCCAAUUCCAUCGCAACUAAGCAACAUGAUCUCACUCUCUGCGGUGAAUGUGUCGUUCAACCAGCUCUCUGGUCUGCUCCCUGCUGGCUGGGUUAAGCUUGCAGAACGUUCACCCAAGGGGUUUCUAGGAAACCCUCAGCUAUGCAUACAGUCUGAAAAUGCACCUUGCUCCAAGAACCAGUCCAGGAGGCGUAUAAGAAGGAACACACGGAUCAUUGUAGCAUUGCUACUGUCAUCUCUGGCUGUCAUGGCUUCUGGGUUGUGUGUGAUCCACCGCAUGGUGAAGAGGUCACGGCGGCGCCUGCUGGCAAAACACGCCUCGGUAAGUGGCCUGGACACGACGGAGGAAUUGCCUGAAGACUUGACCUAUGAUGACAUCCUUCGUGCCACCGACAACUGGAGCGAGAAGUAUGUGAUCGGAAGAGGCCGGCAUGGCACGGUCUACCGGACAGAACUUGCUCCCGGAAGGCGGUGGGCAGUGAAGACGGUCGACCUCACUCAGGUCAAGUUCCCCAUCGAGAUGAAGAUCCUGAACAUGGUGAAGCACCGGAACAUCGUCAAGAUGGAGGGGUACUGCAUCCGUGGCAACUUUGGUGUAAUUCUCACUGAGUACAUGACUGAAGGAACACUCUUUGAGCUAUUGCAUGGAAGAAAGCCUCAAGUGCCUCUCCACUGGAAGGUCCGGCAUCAGAUCGCCCUUGGUGCAGCUCAGGGCUUAUCCUAUCUGCACCAUGAUUGUGUGCCGAUGAUUGUUCAUAGGGAUGUCAAAUCAAGCAACAUACUGAUGGACGUAGAUUUGGUGCCUAAGAUCACAGACUUUGGUAUGGGGAAGAUUGUAGGUGAUGAGGAUGCAGACGCAACGGUGUCAGUUGUUGUUGGCACCCUUGGCUACAUUGCUCCAGAGCAUGGAUACAACACAAGGUUGACCGAGAAGAGUGACAUCUACAGCUACGGUGUGGUGCUGCUCGAGCUCCUGUGUAGGAAGAUGCCCGUCGAUCCUGUUUUCGGAGACGGCGUUGACAUUGUGGCAUGGAUGAGACUGAACCUGAAGCAUUCUGAUUACUGCAGCGUGAUGAGCUUUCUAGAUGAGGAGAUAAUGUAUUGGCCUGAAGAUGAGAAGGCAAAGGCGCUGGACUUGCUGGAACUGGCGAUUUCCUGCACUCAGGUGGCUUUCGAAUCUAGGCCUUCCAUGAGAGAGGUAGUGGGCACCUUGAUGAGAAUUGAUGAUCAGUAUAGCAGAUAAAGAGAAGUUCUCAACAAAUAGAACAUCUUCCAUUGAUGAAUUAUAUACAAGUAAAUGGAAACCACAAUUGCAAAGUUUUGUUGCAGAUUAAUUUAAGGUGUUCUGAUUGUUAUCAUGAAGAUUUAGUAAAACAGUGACAAACUAGUCCCACAAAUUGCAGUGGGCAGGAUUUUACUGUAACUGCAGAUUAACUAACCAAACCAUUCUAUCUUGGGCGCUGAACAGCUAAUCUAGUGUAGAGAAAUCAGCGAAAAGCAAAUGUGAUUCGAGAGGAAUCUGCAGAAGAGGAAGAAAAUUACACAAACCAACUCAUGGAUUCAAAAUGCCAUAACCUGAAGCAUAAGUGGACCUG